AUGUCUGCACAUAACAGUAGGAAACUGGUGCUCCAUUUCGAUUUACGGAACACUAUUCUCGUCGCGGACUCCGUCACAAACAUCAAUGUAGAACAGGGUUUGAAUUCCUAUCUAACUGGCGUCACAUGGGGGAAGGAAGACGACAAAACAGGGGAGUGGACGUGGGUCAGUGACACCCCUUCCCUGGACCCCCCUAAUGAGGACUGUGUCACGUACUACAAAUAUCUAGAGAAGGAGCUCGUUAAAGUGCCAUAUGAUCGUCUUCUCCUGCGACAAGCUACAGGUGACUUCACUCAAGUUGAACUAGGUCGGCGAUUUUCUACUUUUUUCGACAAGCACCUCCGUCUCUUGGAGUGGACGCAUGGAAAACACAGUAACGUCAAAGCUGCGUUCUACAUGCAUGGGACGAACGGUAGGAGAUACCACUAUCUUCUCCCGUCUUUCUUCAAUCUCUUGUCUACUCUUUACUCACAAGGAAGAGAUUUUUGCGUGGUCCUCCGAACCUAUGGCAUGGAUGCAGCAAACGUUUUGGAGUGCAUUAAACUUUUCACUGGCGGUUUACACCCUGAUUUCCCACAUCCACUGCCGCUAAAGGUGCAUACGAAACCAGGUGCUAUACUACGAAAUGGUGAAAACUUCGAGCUAAAAGGCCAAAGAAAUGAAUGUGAUGUGACUCUAUCGUCUGAGGAUCAAAUCUAUUCAAUACUUAGCGAAGGUGGUGGAAUUCGCGCAUUUGUGGACGAUUUCGCCAACUGGCAAAACCAUGGGUAUCAUUACAGCAAAGGAAAACCUCUGUGGAUAAAUCUCCACGAUACGUCUGUGCAACACAUUCUAUUUGACGACAACAUCCGAGUCACAGAAGAUGACAGCGUAGCGAAUGUUCGAUUGUUUUCGGUUGCUGACGGAAGUUUCCGAAGUCUCUCAAAGGAACAUGCGUCACGUUUCCAAGACACCUGCCUUGUGCAAGCAGAUCUUUUGGAGAGUAUACAGAGAAGUGAUUACUUUAUUGAGAAAGUGAAAGCAUGUGAAGAUCGAUACAAUAAUUUACUACAACAAAAGGAUGUUUUCAAUUCUAAAAAGCACGCAAUGAAAUAUUCAUGA